UUCGACUGUUUAUUGAUGAGAGAGAGCAUCUCUCCCGAUCAUACGAGAGUAGCAAAGAGUCUCACAACGCUGCAGUUGAUUGAACGCCAUCAUGGGUUCACGGUUCAUUCCCACCAUGGCUUCCCAGUCGCUAGGCCGAGCGUGGUACCACAGUCUGGAGCACAAAAUCGAGCUCUGCGAGAAAUACGGCUUCGAGGCCGUUGAACUCUUCUUCGAGGACCUCGAAGGCGUGGCAAAGGCUCUACCUCUCUCACAUCCGGCCCUGCCACCCGGUUCCUCAUUUACCGACUCUACAGCACUCCAAGAAAGACAGCUUGCGGCAGCGGAGUACAUCCACGACCUCUGCCUCCACCACCAGCUGGAAAUCCUCUGCCUGCAACCGUUCAUGCACUACGAGGGUCGCCUGGACUCGUCAUCCCACGAGGAAGCCAUCCAGAGCCUGCACUUCUGGAUCCAGCUCGCCCAGCGCCUCGGCACCGACCUGAUCCAGAUCCCAUCCAGCUUCCUCCCUGCGUCACAGUGUACCGGCGACCGGGACAGGAUCGUCGCGGAUCUGCGACAAGUUGCAGAGAUUGGUCUUCGACACGAUCCCCCCGUCCGUUUCGCAUACGAGGCUCUUGCUUGGGGAACACACGUCGACACGUGGGACGCGGCGUGGUCGAUUGUGCUGGAAGUGGACAGGCCCAAUUUCGGGACAUGCAUCGACGCCUUCAAUCUCGCCGGGCGAGUCUUUGCCGAUCCGGCGUCGCCGUCGGGCCUGAACCCCACGGCCUACCAAGACACCCAGAACGCACUUUCGAAGCUGCGGGACGAGCUGCCGCAGGCGUUGGAGAAAGUGUUCUACGUCGAGGUCUGCGAUGGCGAGAGACUGGAUGCUCCACUGAGAGCCGGCCAUGAGUGGUACGACCCCGAGCAGCCUGCGCGAAUGUCCUGGUCACGGAAUGCCCGGUUAUUCCCCUUCGAGAGCAAAGGAUACCUCCCCGCCCUGGAGAUUCUGGAAGCGGUGUGCGACGCCGGAUAUAGGGGACACAUCUCCUUUGAAUUGUUCUCCCGGACAGCAAAUCAGCCCGGCAAGGACGUCCCUGAGGACCACGCCAAAAGGGGAGCCGUGGCAUGGAGGAGACUGGCAGAGCAUAUGGGCUGGCGCAAGCAGGAAACCAGUGCAGACUCUGAACCGCGGAGCGAUCGUCGUGUCAGUAUCUCUAGCGCUACCGACUCCCGCUCAAUCGCCUCUGAUGCCUCUCCCUGUUCGAGUCCGCGGCUGUAGCAGACAUGAUGCAAGAGGUGGAUCGUGUUUAACCUGCACUCUUGAGAUGCAUGCACAGAUACGAGUUGGCAGUUGGGGCCUGUGUAUGGUCCACCUUUUCGACGCUGUUCCACACGUUUGAGAUACCCCUGACAUGAUAUAGAGAUAUAGAGGGAUACAUGAUG